AUGAAUCCAGUAAAUCAUUCCCAGGUGACAGAAUUCAUCCUUCUGGGUCUUUCUCAGGUAUGAGAGCUGAGGCUUCUCUCCUUCAUUAUCUUUUCUACUGUGUAUAUUAUGACUGUAACUGGAAAUCUCCUUAUUGUGGCCAUUGUGACCUCUGACUCACACCUGCACACAACCAUGUACUUUCUGUUGGGCAAUCUUUCCUUCCUGGACUUUUGCUACUCUUCCAUCAUGACACCCAGGAUGCUGGUGUAUUUACUCUCAGGCAACUGCACCAUUUCCUUCAGUAGCUGCCUGACUCAGCUCUUUUUCUUCCACUUCAUUGGACGCAUAAAGAUCUUCCUGGUGAUGUUGGUCAUGGAGUAUGACCACUAUGUUGCCAUUUCCCAGCCCCUCCACUACGCACUUAUUAUGAAUCAGACAGUCUGUGGGCUCCUCAUGGCAGCCUCCUGGGUGGGGGGCUUCAUUCACUCCAUUAUGCAGGUUGGCCUGACUCUCCAUCUGCCAUUCUGUGGGCCUGACAAGCUGGACAACUUCUACUGUGAUGUGCCUCAGCUGAUCAAAUUGGCCUGCACAGAUACCUUCGUCCUUGAGCUCCUGAUGGUGUCUAACAAUGGCCUGGUGACCCUGAUGUGUUUUCUGGUGCUUCUUGUAUCUUACACAGCCCUGCUAGUCAUGCUCAGAAGCCACUCGAGGGGGGACCGCAGCAAGGCCCUGUCCACCUGUGCCUCUCACAUUGCUGUGGUGACCUUAACCUUUGUACCUUGCAUCUACAUCUAUGCAAGGUCUUUUCAGACCUUCCCCAUGGACAAGGCUGUCUCUGUCCUGUACACAAUGGUCACGCCCAUGCUGAAUCCUGCCAUCUACACCCCAAGAAACAAGGAAGUGAUCACAGCCAUGAAGAAGCUGUGGAGGAAGCAAGAGGACUUUAUUGACCCCCAGAUCAGCAGAGAAUCUGACAGGUGCUUCAGGGUAUCCACUUGCUGGAGAAGACUCACAAAGUAG